UAAACUCAAUAGAUAGCAUUGGCCAAUAAAAUCAUUUUAUUUUCUCCUCAAAAUUUUCGAGCUUUAGCCAGGAGUAUAACAUCACAAGCAUAGCCAUCUGCAGCAGUGGAAAAAGACAGACCGAAAUGCAAUGUGCUUCCAUUCUAUAUCCUCACACACAAAAAUAUGGUGUUUUAAGCCAAGUCUUUCGGUCACUCCACCGCCCCAACAGCAACAGCAACGAGAAGAAGAACCUCUCACGACGACAAAGCCAAGCUCAUAACCAGUGCUUCUAACCCAUUUGUGAAGCACUGUCUCAAGCUUCGCAAUUCCUCUUCCUAUCGCCGCGCUCACGCUUCUGCUUUCGUUGUCCGUGCUACCCCUAUCAGACCCAUCAACUCUCAAACCCUCAUUCGGAUCCAUUUUUUCAAUAUCAGCUAAUCCACCGCCUAAUCCUGCUUCAUUCCUGGGGCCUCAGCCUAUGCGACCCUUUGCAAACCCUCCUGAAUUCUAUUAUUUCCCAACACUACAAUUUGAACCCUUUGGGGGCAUGCCAUUUUUAACACGUGCACCUCCUCCUGCAAUAUUCUUCCCGGUUGUCGAAACCCCUCUCGCCAAUACAAUAGUCAUCCAAAUUGAUUAUUACUUCAGUGAUGCUAAUUUAGUGAGGGAUGAGUAUUUAAGGUCCAACAUGGAUGAACAAGGAUGGGUUCCAAUUUCUUUGAUUGUAAGCUUCCCUCAUGUUAGAAGUUUGAGAAGCAACAUUAAGUUGAUACGGGAAACUGUCGAAGUGCAGUGCUCUGGUCUGGAGUUUGAUGACAUUUUCAUGACAUUUUCAAGGUUGAGGAUGCAGACCCUGUUGGUAAAAACCGGGAGUAAGGAUAACGGCAGAAGGGUGGUUGAUGGGGAGCGCGAAGGCCGCAGAACUGCUCGCGAGCAAGGAGGAAGGCUGCAGAACUGCUCGGUUGUUGACGACUGCAGAACUGCUCAUGAUGGCCAUAGAACGGGUCGUGAUGUUCACAAAACAGGUCGCGACGGCCAUGAAAGGGAUUGUGAUGGUGACAUAACGAACUGCGACAGCCACAAAAUGACCCGUGAUCGUCAUAUAACAACCUGUGAAGGUAACUCGACCCGUUUCGAUUUCUAAUUUUUCUCCCUUUCGAACUCGCGAACUCGCCGAAAACUCGUGAGUUUGAACGAUUCCAGCGACUUCAUCUACUAGUCCACCGAUUUUGCUUCAAAAGCCAGUUCACUUUCGAGUUAACUCGCUGGACAUCUCGCUGGACAUGACCAGGCCCGCAAACUCGUCUGAGUUAACGAGUUAACUUGCGAGUUUGAUAACCAUGCAUUGAAGUAUCAGUGCUUUGGAUAUAUGCAAAGCUAUCUUAUUAAGUUGAUAAUGUGAUUGAAGCAGCACCUUAUUUUUUUCUACUUGAAUGUUGCUGCAACAUAAAUCAUUGAUUAUUAGUCUGCUGUAUAUUUUAAGCGCUUAGUAUUUGGUAAGAUUCAAUUAUUAUUUGAAAUUGUUAGAAGAAGUUUAUUAUUGUGUUCUA